AUGGCUACAACCGCACCGUCAGACUUCGCAGUUCACAAGCCUCCUGCCAAAUAUGUGAUUAAAUCCCCGUCUGUUGUUCUCUAUGGAAGCGUCGAAGUGGGCAUCGCGCCGAGUUGGCAGGACAAGCUCGCCGCGUCGCUGUCAAGCCUCCCGAUAGCCGUUCUCAAUCCUCUACGCGAAGACUGGGACAAGACCUGGAUCGAAGACAUUUCGUUUCCAAAGUUCAGAGAGCAGGUGGAGUGGGAGAUGGACUGUGCUAAGGUGGCGGAUAUCAUUGCCUUCUAUUUCGGUCCGGGCAGCCUGGCACCCAUCUCACUGCUGGAGCUGGGCAUGUAUGCUGCCACUGGAAAGGUGGUCGUUUGCUGUCAUCCUAAUUAUGAGAAGAAAGGAAAUAUUCAGAUGGUCUGUUUGAGAUACGGCAUCCCAUUGGUCGCAGAGCUCGGGAAGCUGGAAGAGUUGAUCAGGGAAAGAUUUCAGCGGAUACUAAAACCUACCAACAUCGGCUGA